AUGGCGUCCAAGGCAAAGAAGGGCGCUGUCCAACAGCCGCAUGGCUACGAGUUUGGAGGACCUAUCGGCGCCUUCGGCAUCUCUUUCGGUCUCCCGAUCCUCGUCUACCUCUUCACCUUCAGCUGCAACGACGUGUCGGGCUGUCCAGCUCCUUCUCUCCUGAGCCCCUCGACUCUGAACCUCGACCGACUCAAGCGCGAAGUCGGAUGGCCCGAGGAGGGCUUCUGGGGUCUCGCGGACACAAAGGUUACUGGUGCCGUCUUGGGAUACUAUCUUUUCAACGCGCUCCUCUACCGCAUUCUUCCGGCGACUGAGGUGGAUGGCGUCGAGCUCGCCUCCGGUGGCCGACUCAAGUACCGAUGCAAUUCCUUCGCCUCCAGCAUGUUCAUCUUGACUGUGUGCUUCGCCGGCACCAUCGCCCAGGGAGCCGAGUUUCCUCUUUGGACCUUCAUCACCGACAACUACAUCCAAGUCGUUACCGCCAACAUGCUCAUAGCCUAUGGCAUUGCGACGUUUGUGUACGUACGAAGCUUCAGCGUCAAGCAGGGCAACAAGGAGCUCCGCGAAUUGGCCGCGGGGGGACACUCUGGCAACCUGAUCUACGACUGGUAUAUCGGACGAGAGCUUAACCCCCGUGUUACUAUCCCUCUUCUGGGCGAAAUCGAUAUCAAGGAGUGGUUGGAGAUCCGACCUGGUCUGCUGGGUUGGUCUCUUAUGAACUGUGCGUGGACGGCCAGACAAUACCGCACUUACGGCUUCGUAACCAACAGCAGCGUAUUCGUCUCUGCUGUCCAGCUCGCAUACGUCGUUGACUGCUGGUGGAACGAGCCCGCCAUCUUGACGACCAUUGACAUUACUACGGACGGCUUCGGCUUCAUGCUCUCCUUUGGCGACCUCGUCUGGGUACCAUUCGUCUACUCCUUACAAACGCGUUACUUGGCCGUGUACCCAGUCUCAAUGAGCCCCCUGGGCAUGGCCGGUAUUGUCGGACUCAUUGGCGUCGCCUUUUCCAUCUUCCGUCUCUCCAACAGCCAGAAGAACGCUUUCCGCAGCAACCCUGACGACCCGAGCGUCGCCCACCUCAAGUACAUCGAGACCAAGACGGGAAGCCGCCUCCUCAUCUCGGGCUGGUGGGGAGUCGCCCGUCAUAUCAACUACCUCGGCGACUGGCUGCAGGCUUGGCCAUACUGCUUGCCCACGGGCAUGGCCGGGUACACAAUCGUCUCCGCCGGCACUGGAUACGCCCAAGCCGGACUCGAAGGAGCCUUCAAGAUGGCCGAUGGUCGUGAGGUUAUCCAGGGCGCGGCUCGUGGUAUGGCCAUUCCCAUCACGUACUUUUACAUUGUCUACUUUGCCGUCUUGUUGGUUCACCGCGACCGCCGUGACGACGAAAAAUGUUCUCGCAAGUACGGCGAGGACUGGGAAAAGUACAAGAAGAUUGUUCGGUGGAGAAUCCUGCCUGGCAUCUAUUGA